AUGGCCCUGAGGAGGCCUCUCUGGACGAAGGCGAGCUGGAAUCGGCCACCCGCCGUCAGCCCAUCUCGGACAGAGAGUCCGGCGAGAUGUGCCCAUGGCAAGCUCCUCAGCCAAGCAAACCCACGACAACGACAACGACACCUGGCCUCUCAUGCGCCCACGGUGGCCGCAGCAGCUCCUCUCCGGCAUCACUUCGCCGAUUUCCUCCCUCCUCGCGGACGCACGGAGCUUGACCUUGUGCUGGAUGCAGUGCAAACUCGGGACCCCGAGCUGUUGUACAAGGCAUUCCUCCAAUGGACCGAUCUCCUUAGCAACCCGAGCUCGCCCUUCAACGACGGUGCCGUCAGACAGGCGCAGGAGCUCCCAGGCCCUUCAUUCUCCGAGAUAUUACGCAGCAUUGACCCUCUGCUGGCAACAAGGAAACAUGAUGUUACACAUGGCCUCAACCUGACCCCAGGCCAAACUCAGUUCACCGAUGUUGGCAAGUUGGUCGACCAGUUUGGAGUCCGCAAUCACCAUCGCCAAGUGCUGCGCGGUAUGCAGAUACUCAUGGAAGUCCGUGCCGGUUCCCGCUAUGGCUUGGCGGCGGCCGACUUUGACGUCCUUCUACGAUGUGCCGGUGCUGCCGUCGACUACCAGGCGGCCAAGAGAUUCUGGGCCAUCAUGCCGUCCCAGGGCCUGCAGGAUGUCCGCACCUGCAAGACCUGGACAGAAUUCAUCAAGUCCCGUUUCGUGGUCGAGCCUGCGUACUAUCAAUGGGACCGCUCGCGCGUGGCCGUCAUGGCCCGAGACAUGUACAGCAACCGGUCACCGCUGCCCAUGGCAACAUUGAAGCGCCUGGACAGCGUCAGACACUGCAUCAACGCCUUCAAGAGGAGGCCCUGGAACCGAAGGCCAGAUGAGCUGGACGAGGACAUGCGACGCCUUGUCCGACGACGGAUUGAUUUCCGCGGCUAUAAGAACCACUGGAUUCGGGGCUUGUUCUAUGGCCAUGAGAUGGACGAGGAGCUUCUUUGCGCCUCCCUCGUGGCCUUUGCCCGAUCCAGUUCCCUACACUCAAUCAAGACGCUGAUUUUCAAAAACUACUACGGCAUCAUGAUCCACCAAGAUGCCGAGUCCAAUCCCGAAAACCCCCAAAUCUCAGGCGGAGUCGACCUUCCUCCACGCUCCCCCAUCAAGCCCACUGGCAAUCUCCUCAACGCCAUCGUAGAGGCCUUCGGGUCCAUGUCCCACAUCCCCCUGGGCAUGAAGCUCCUCGACUUUGUCUCGCGACGAUAUGACGUCCCCAUUCCCCGCGAGACGUGGUCCAACCUUCUCAACUGGACCUACCUCUGCGCCUCGAAACCCUUCAAGCCCACGAGAAAGCUCCUCGAGCACUCCCAAUACGCAGUCACAUCAGGCGCCGACGUCCGAGAAGUCUGGAACGUCAUGACCUCGCCGCCGUACAAUGUGAAUCCGUCGUUCGACGACUACGACAUCUACAUCAAGACGCUCCUCUCGCAGCGCUCAUUCGGCCGCGUCCUCGCCAUUGUAAGAAACGACAUCCUCCCAUUCUACGAAGCCGUCGUCGACGACUACGAGCUCGCCGUCCAGGAUGAGAUUUUGCAAAACGACCUCGGGCCCUCCCCAGAGGCCACUCACCGUCGCCACCAGGCAGAAGUGUACAAGGACUACGUGCGCCACCGCAUAUCGAGCUGGUUCGACAAGCUCCUCAAGACCGCCUCCGCAAACAAGGGGCACCGCGACGGAGUCGUCAUGAAGACCAUGAUACCAAAUCUGCUCGCCGAGUUCGCCGACUUCUUCCCCCACCAGGUCCGGUACCGUACCGCCCAGGGCGCCGUGCAAAUCACCCGUCCCGACGCCGUGCGCCGCUUCGAGUGGGUCCGAUGCUGGCGGUCGACCUUGCCGCAGAAAAAGGCUGGCUUCCACGUUCGCGACCUGGACGGCUCUGAUGAGCCCGACUUUGCGUAUCCCGAGGCACCUGUCCUCAAUGUACGCGGGUGGCACCGCAGACCGCGGAGGAGAAUCGCCCAGCUAGGAAGGGCGCCUAGGCAGGAGGACGCGGAAUCAAGAACGUGGUGGCAUCGGCUAGAGGAGGAGCUUAUUAUGUAA